AUGAGCGAGCUCAGCAACGUCCCCAACCAGCCAGAAGGCUUCUUUAAGCCUGGCGUCAAGCCAACUGCCCCAAACACUCAACCUCAUGGCCCCCUCCCGCCGGACAAGCACGCCCCCGGCGAAAAAGCCUCCCCCUAUGACUACAAGCCCGAAUUCUCAAUGGAAACCCACCCUCCGGGCACCGCACCCGCCGGCAGCUCCUUCAAGCCAAACCCCAUCGACCACCCCGGGGAGCAGGCGCUGAACCCCAAUGUUGAGCGAAGCCACGGGAAGGAGUCCGUUAAGACAACUGCUGAGCAGACUCUUAUGGGCGCGACGUCGAAGGAUGUGUACAAGGGAUUUGGACACCCUGGUUCUGGGCAGACGAGCACUGAGAUCCGCCAUGAUGGGCAGCAUAAGAGAAAGAACCCUGGAAGAGGCCUUGACGCACCGCUUCAGACCGACCCGAGGCUGUCGCAAAAGCCCACUGCCGCAAGUGGAAGCCAUGCUGAGGAUUCUCGUCCCUAA